GGCAAACACAACUCCACAUUUGUACUGAGAUCUACCCGUGCACCUAUGUCCUUCCACAGCCUACAGAUUGUGUAUGUGUGUGAGGGGGGACACCGAUAAACACUGCUAGAGAGAGAGAGAGAGAGAGAGAGAGAGAAAGAGAGAGAGAGAGAGAGAGAGAGAGAGGGAAAAAAAAAAACUCCAAUUAGCUCUAGCCUUGUGUGUGAAAGAAGCCUUUUUUUGGAUCUCACUUUAAAUCCUCAUAGCCUGGAUUGGAUUAUAUUUUUCCCAGUUUAAGAGGAUACCUGUUACUUUCCAUUUGUUUUUUUGGUUGAUUAUAGAGAUCACCACCCCAGGUGUGAGGAGGGGACAAGAUGAGUCAAACUGCAGAUGCGUGAGGAAGGCUGGGUCCACAAGGAUAAGCACACUUUCCCUUUUUGCUCCUCAGAGGCAGGGAAAACUUUGCUUAUCUGCUUUAUGAAAAGGGACCAUAGCCCUGGAUUAAUGUGUAUACAGGCUCGACAAGAGAACAGAGGAUUCUGGGUUACCUGAAGACCUGGAGUACACAAGUGAACAGGCCUGGAUUGAGCCUGCAGCACAGAGGAUUGGCAUGGCUCAGACCAGCUUUGUGUCACCUCAUCAUGCCCGUCGGGCCUGAUUACAAAAAGGAGCCGAUGCUAAAGCUCGUUCUGUUCUACACACGGAUCACUUUACAACACCCAAAAAAUCUAAUUUGCAGUUAUGGCUGUUAGGCUUGACAAUUUCAACACCCAUCUGGAUUUUUAAUAUACCUGAGAGUGCAUGCUUUUUCAGUAAGAGCGGAUGCUUUUUCUAAAGGCUUAUCUGCCAUGGUAAAGGCAUUGAAAGCAUGAGCCUUUGACAACAAAAAAGGAGGUCAUCAUCCAAACAAGGAUCAGCUCAGCAAACAUUGACCAGGUCAGGAUAUCGCUAGAAACCCCUCCGACAAACUUCUCCUUCAGAAAGGAUAAGAGCGAAUCAAGAGGAAAUUUUGAUUGGGGUUUUGUUGCCUGGAAAGGAUUUACCACACCGCAUAAAUCAGGGGCUCUUGAGUGAUUAGACUGCCAGACAACACAGCUUCAAGAUGGUGUGUCAAUGCAAGGCCUUUAUCCUCUUCCUCAUCAGGGUUGGGCUGCUGCUGGGUCUUGUGAACCCCCUGGUGACCUACGCCUCAUGUCCCUCAGCCUGCCGCUGUGAUGGGACCUUCAUCUACUGUAAUGACCGUGGCCUGACUUCCAUUCCUACUGGUCUACCCCAGGAUGCUACAGUGCUUUUUCUGCAAAACAAUCACAUCAAGAGUUCAGGCAUUCCUACAGACCUUCGUAGGCUGUCAAACGUGGAAAAGAUCUACCUUUAUUGCAACAAUCUGGAUGAGUUUCCCACAAAUCUUCCACUUGGAGUCAAAGAGUUACACCUUCAGGAGAACAACAUUCGCAUGAUUACCCAUUCCUCUUUAGCCCAAAUUCCCUAUAUUGAGGAGCUGCACUUGGAUGAUAACUCAGUAUCAGCAGUCAGCAUAGAAGAGGGGGCCUUCAGGGACAGCAAUCACCUCCGACUACUUUUUCUCUCCAGGAACCACCUUAGUACCAUCCCUGCCGGCCUACCUAUGAGCAUUGAGGAGCUGCGCUUUGAUGACAACCGCAUCUCCUCCAUCUCAGAACAGUCAUUACAAGAUCUCAUCAACCUGAAGCGACUAGUCCUGGAUGGCAACCUGCUCAACAACCGUGGGAUUGGGGAGAUGGCUUUCAUCAACCUGAUCAACCUGACUGAGCUCUCACUCGUGAGGAACUCCCUGACAUCGCCGCCAGCCAACUUGCCAGGCACCAGUUUGGAGAAGCUGCAGUUACAAGAUAAUCACAUUAAUCGCGUCCCACCUGGGGCUUUUGCCUUCCUGAGGCAGUUGUAUCGCCUUGACCUGUCUGGAAACAACCUGAGCAGCCUACCACAGGGUGUAUUUGAAGAUCUGGACAAUCUUACACAGCUCCUGCUACGAAACAACCCGUGGCAGUGUACCUGCAAAAUGAAAUGGGUGCGUGACUGGCUGCGCUCAUUGCCGUCAAAGGUGAAUGUGCGUGGCUUCAUGUGCCAAGGUCCAGAUAAGGUCAAAGGCAUGGCGAUUAAAGACCUAACCACAGACAUGUUUGACUGCACAGAUUCAGAACUCAUGCCCACAUAUGAGACAAGCACAGUCUCAAACACUCCACGGCCCUCACAGCCCCAGUGGCCCUCAUUUGUGACUAAGAGACCUGUAAUAAAAGGGCCUGACUUUGGUAAGAAUUACCACAGCACUACUACUUCAGGCAGAAAGAUCAUCACCAUCAGUGUGAAGUCAAGUAGUACAGAUACAAUACACAUAUCAUGGAGGGUGUCUCAGCCCAUGACUGCCCUCAGGCUCAGCUGGCUAAAGCUGGGACACAGCCCUGCUUUUGGUUCCAUCACUGAGACCAUUGUUCAGGGGGAGAGGACAGAGUACCUGCUCACUGCCCUGGAACCAGAGUCUUCCUAUAGGAUAUGCAUGGUUCCCAUGGAGACUAGCAACAUUUAUCUGUCAGAUGAGACCCCUGUUUGCAUAGAAACAGAAACUGGUUCUCACAAAUCAUACAACCCGACUACCACUUUAAACAGAGAGCAGGAGAAAGAGCCUUACAAAAAUUCCAGUUUGCCUUUGGCUGCUAUCAUCGGGGGAGCGGUGGCUCUUUUGGCAAUAAUCAUGUUGGCACUGGUGUGCUGGUAUGUCCACAGGAAUGGUUCACUUUUUUCAAGGAACUGCACCUAUAACAAAGGCCGUCGGAGAAAGGAUGACUACGCUGAGGCUGGCACUAAGAAGGACAACUCCAUUCUAGAAAUACGAGAGACUUCUUUUCAGAUGAUACCUAUAAAUCACCUGCCUGUGUCCAAGGAGGAGUUUGUGAUACACACGAUUUUCCCACCUAAUGGCCUGAGUUUAUACAAAAGCCCACAUAGUGAGAACAAUAUUAACAACAGGAGCUACAGAGACAGUGGAAUACCAGAUUCGGACCAUUCCCAUUCAUGAUAUUGAACAUGAACAUUCAUUGUGAGUGGGUGACUGUAACAGAGUGGCAAGACUUUUACACAACACUGGAUAUAUAAGACUACGGAAGCAAUGUUCUGUACAUUUGCCAUAUAAUUUAUAUUUAAGGACAUUUUAUGAAGAAGAAGAACGUUCCAGUUGCAGGCCAUCACUGAUCCACCAGUGGGUAUUGUAACAAACUGCAAUUCUAUAUUUUAGGGAUUUGUAGUAAUUUGUACUGUAUUUCCUUUGCUUAAGGUUAUCAACCAACUAAAAGAAACUCUGUGUUCUACUGAGAUAUAAUGACUUGUCAACUGUGAAAGUGGGUUUUCAUUGCUGUGUUGAACAAUCAGACUUUAGAAAACCUUGUAGUAUAAGCACAGGUCAUUCUUUUAAUUUUGUGGCUGUCUAAAAACAAAAAGGCAAAAAAAUUACAUGACAUAAACUAAGGCACAGCUGAUCGACUAAUUCACAAAGUAGGCAUGCUGCCCUCUUACAGAAUGAGCAGCUGUUAGUGGUCUCCAUGUACUUCUGCCCAAGGAUCUUAUUCUGGUAUUCACCUAGUAUGGAGUACAAAUAACUAAAGAUGAGGUGCCAUGCUUUAUUUCUCUGCUUUGUUCAGUGUGUGGUUAUUUCUGUUUGCAAGAAGAAGAAAUAGAGCGGAGCAACCCGAGCAGGGUUCCUGUGUUUCUGAUAGGAUUGUAGGCCGCAGCACAGGACAUAUAAAGCACACCGACCUUAAGGAGCUCUCUGCUCCUCAAAACAAGAAGACUGGGCAGGCUGACACAGAGGACCCCCCACUAGCUCUAUUUGUACAAGCCAACAAUGGCCCAACGACAAUGGCGGCAUUCUUUAGUACCAUGUACCAUACGUCAUUGUAGACACCAGGCCAAAAAAACACGACACGUUGGCUUUUAUUAGAAUUACCACAGUGUCAGCAAUUCCUUGUUAUGAGUAUUAUUUUGUAUUGUUUUCCAAAUGAACACAUUAUUAUGUUGCCACAAUUUGAAGUUAACUGUUCUUUACAAUUGAAAACCAAAGUGCAUUGUAUGCCCUUUGGCCAGUCUUGUAUGUGCCUUGAUCCAAUGCUUAUUGUAUUUAGCUUUUUAAUAAAAAAAACAGUGACUUUUUUUCAUACACACUUGAAUAUGAAAAUAUUGGUCAUAUUACAGAAUAAAAGUGGAUAAAAAUA